AUGGUGGAGCAAUGUGUGAGCAAUGGUCAUAGAAAGAAAUCGGUUGCUAAAAAUGGCAAAAAAGAGAGCAAAGUAGCAGAAAAAACAGAGGCGCAGAGGAGGACGAGUGAUAGAAUCAAGAGCAAGCAGAGAGAAGAGAAGGAGAAAUUGGUGAGAAAGAGAGUACAGAUUUUGGAGGAGCAAGAAGAAAAAGGAAACCCUAGAAAGAGACCGAAUGUUAAUGUGACUGAGGAGGAGGAGGUUGUGAUGGCUGAAAAGAUGGUAAAUCAGGUUUUGGGGUCAACUGAAGUGCAAAAGGAGGCGACUUUAAGUGAUUCUGGUGGUGCGGGUAAUGUGGUGGCUGAGAAAGGUGCUGGUAAUGUGGUGGCUGGGAAAGGUGCGGGUAAUAUGGUGGCUGAGAAAAGUGCUACCGUUAAAGUUAAGGACACUUUAAGGUUGUUUAACAAGUUUUAUCUCCAGUUAGUGCAGGAAGAAGAGCUGAGGUGUGCGAAAGCCAAAGUUGAUAAAAAGGUCUCCAAAGUUCCAAAAAAGACCUCCAAAGGUUCAAAAAAAUCAGUUGAUAAAUCGAAGGUCGAUGGGGAUAGAGAUGCUCUGGAAGCUCUUACUUGA